AUGAUUACCGCUCGAAAGAGCAAAGGUCGCCAAAAGAUCCAAAUGAAAAGAAUGGUGAAAGUAAGCAACUUAUUAGUUACCUUCUCCAAACGCCGUUCCGGUCUUUUCAAAAAAGCGAGUGAGCUUUGCAUCUUGUGUGGGGUAGAGAUCGCUGUCGUUGUCUUCUCCCCGGGUAAAAAGGUAUUCUCCUUUGGCCAUCCAUCUGUUGAGACGAUUGUUGAUCGCUUCCUCACACAAAAUCCUCCACCRAAUUCAAGCACAUCUCAACUUGUGGAGGCUCAUCGCAAUGCCAAUAUCCACCAACUCAAUAGGCAACUCACCUGUGUGAAUGGUCAAUUGGAGAUUGAGAAGAACAGAAGCGAAGAGCUUAGCAAGAUCAGAAAAGUAGGCCAAGAUAAUCAUUGGUGGGAGGCUCCUAUAGAGAACCUAGGGUUACAAGAGCUUGAGCAGUUGAAGGUAGCUAUGGAGGUACUGAAAAAGAACAUAGGAGAGCAGGCCAAAAGGCAUCUUUCAGAA